GAAGCGGAAGUUGCUGCAGCCCGAAGAAAGUCGGUCUCAGUAGCCCGCGGCAAAGUGGGAUGUCUAGCAACAAUAUGGCAGAUCCGCGGCGUCCGAACCGCAUUCUCAGAUACAAACCUCCAACUACAGAAAACAAUCCUACCUUGGAAGAUCCCACACCAGAUUAUAUGAAUCUGCUAGGAAUGAUUUUCAGCAUGUGUGGCUUAAUGCUGAAACUAAAGUGGUGUGCUUGGAUUGCUGUCUACUGCUCGUUUAUCAGCUUUGCCAACUCUAGGAGCUCAGAAGACACCAAACAGAUGAUGAGCAGUUUCAUGUUGUCCAUCUCUGCUGUAGUGAUGUCCUAUCUUCAAAAUCCCCAGCCCAUGUCUCCUCCUUGGUGAAAAGAUAAUACCUUUCUUUAAAACUCCUUGCCAAGUAGAGGUGCGAUCCUGUUGGAUGUGGAACAUUUUCUUAGAUAACAUAAACUUAAUUGCACAAGUAUACCAUUGCAACAUAUUGGGAAUAUUUACUUUGCUAUCAAUAAAGUAAUUAUUAUUAAAGAUG